AUGCAUGACCUAAGAACUAAAGGCCCUUGGAGUGAUGAUGAGGAUCGAUUAUUACGAAAAUUUAUCAAAGAAUAUAAUAGUGACUACAAGAAAAUAGAGGGAGCAAUGAACUAUAAACGCGACUCGAAACAAAUACGCGAGAGAUGGGUUCGACAUUUGGAUCCAAAAAUCGAUCAUUCUCCCAUUACCGAAGAGGAAGGCGCUCAAAUAAUGUUACUUGCGGUUUCUUUAAAGAGGCAAUGGACCCGAAUUGCCGAGCAUCUUCCCGGAAGAUCAGACCGGAUGAUUAAAAACUACUACUCCCAAAAGAAACCUCCCAAAGCCUCGCCGAAAGAUAAUAAGAUGGAUUUGAAAUUUGUGAUGAAUUAA